UGAGAAACACUGUCUGAAACGCUGGUUAGGUCAACACACGAACAAACCCUAAUAAUUCAACAGUGAAGAGUGACGCCUGAAAGAGAUCGAGAAAGAAGAUAAAUUAAUCAAAUGGCAGGUAUUGCUUCUGGAGGAGAUCUGACCGUCGUCUCUGCAACAUUCGGAUCAUAUCGAUCUGUUCGGAGCUCAUUUCCUCCUUCGCCUUCACGUGGUCGGGUGGAUUUUGUUGCAGGUAGAGUUUUACUCAAAUGGUGUUCAAGUGAGUUAAUUAACUGUCAUUGUAAUCCCAAACGCCCAUCAUAUGCUCAAUUUGCUAAAUAUGAUCAUUUCACACACAACAAUGAUGAUGAUGAUGAUGAUGAAGAUGAAGAUGAAUCUAAUGAGAGAUUUCUUCUUAGUGCUGUUGUAAACAUGAAAUUCUUGGACAGACUGAGUUUAGCCUGGAAGAUAGUAUUUCCUACUACUACUACUACUACGACACAAAGAAGUAUGAGAAAAUCAAACGCAAAAAUUGCUAAGCAGCGUUUAAAGAUGAUAUUAUUCUCAGAUAGAUGCGCGGUUAGUGAGGAAGCGAAACAGAAGAUAGUGAACAAUGUUGUGAAUGCUUUAUCAGAUUUCGUAGUCAUUGAAUCACAAGACAAAGUUCAGCUUAAUGUCUCCACCGAUGGUUCCUUAGGGACUAUUUACUCGGUAACCAUUCCUGUUCGUCGUGUGAAGUCUGAAUUUCAAGAGGAAGAAGAAGAAGUAGUAGAAACCAAUAUCAAACACAAAGAUGAUGAUGGAGAAAGAAGAAUUGAAGAUUCAAACUUAAAUGCUUCUUAAUUUUAUCUCCCCAUUAGUUCAUUUAUGAACUGUUUUAUCAAACAUUGGUACAUGGUAUGAUCCCACCUUUGUUUAAGUCUAUGAAAUUCACUCAUAGAGUGGUAAUCUGCCCCCGAAUCCCAGAAUUUAUA